AUGCUCCAGAUCAAAAACAAAGGCAAAGGCAGGAAAAUUAACGAUGCUUCACGCUCUGAUAUCAGUUACGUGGAUAAGUCACCAGCUUCCAACCCAUUAAAGAGGCGAUCAGACACAAAUAACAAUAAUCCCCAUAAAAAAACUAAUGUGAAGGAUAAACAGCAGGGGAACAUCAGUAGAGAUUUAAAAUUCGAUUCAGAUUUAAAUGAAAGAACGAGAGAGAUGGAAACAUCUAUAAACGUACCGAGGAAGAGAUCUCUGAAUACAUCGAGAAGAGAUGCUGCGUGGAAGAAGCCUGUGGUGCAACAACAGCAGCAGAAGAAGAAGGAUAGUAGCAGUAGCAGUGAUUCUUCCUCGGAUUCGAGUUCAGAGGAUGAGGCGCCAGCUAAGAAACCGAUUGUUGGUGCAGGUGUGAAGACACCGGUGGCAGCUGCGACUACGAAGAAGCCUGUGGUGCAACAACAGCAGCAAAAGAAGAAGGAUAGUAGCAGUAGCAGUGAUUCUUUCUCCGAUUCUAGUUCUGAGGUUGAGACCUCUUUAGAUUCUAAUGCUCAUUCUCAUAAAUUGCCUGCUGGCAAGCGGCCCAGAUCUUGUGAUUCUUCUCUUAAUUCUGCGCCUCCUUUGAAAAUGGCUGCUGUUGAUAUUGCUUCGGUUACUGAUGUUACCAAUACUUCUAUGGUUUCCCGCAACGGGAAGCGAUUUGCUGAUGAUGAUCCCUCCAUUUCUUCUUCUAUCCCAUUUAAAAAAUCGAAAUCUGAUUCUGGUGGAUAUUCUGCUUCUAGAAAGUCCUUGCCAUCUCGAUGGUCAAACGGCGAUGGUGAUACAUCUACGCCUAAACGUAAUGCUCCGUUUUUGCGUUACGCCAACCGUGCUCCUGAAUCUGUGCAUCUUUUCAAAGGCGAUAAUUUCCACGCACGGCGUCAGUUGCUUGGCGAGGUGGGUGAACGAGCAGACAGGAAUUUACUUGGUACAAGGGGUAGAAGUUUCCGUCAUGAGAAGACGAAGGAAAAACGCGGUACUCGCAGCAAUGGUCCUAUUAGCACAAAGGUGGCUUCUUACCAAUUCCAGUACUAA